AUAUGGAUAGUCAUUAUAUCCAAACUUUCCUAUAGAGAAUUUAAUAUGGAAACCAAACUUAAAACUGCAAUUACUUCGUAUUAAGCGAUUGCUCGAUAUAGGCGGACCCAUAAUAAACGAAUUCCACUGUACUUAUAAGUAUGCUAGCAAGAAGAAAGGAACUGAUCGUCUCCUAACCUUUUAAGACCAAUUUCCUUUAACUGACGACGCGUUCUCCAUUUUGAUUUUUGAAAUUUGUUUAAACGACUUAAGGAUGGAAUUGACGCUUGCCCACUCGUCUUACCAUGAACUGACUUAACUGUAAUCGCAGACAUGCGCAGAGAUGGUGACCGCCACCGGAGCUACCUUUUCUGCCUUGCUCGCCAAAGUUGGCCGAGACAGAAAACCUCAUCGACGUUCCUUUCCCAUAAAAUCACACGAGUGAUUUUGUAUGUGAAAGAGCAGGGAGUUUGGCGGUGUUGGUUCCGUUUGAAAAAUUCGUGACCGUUCUUAGAAGUUGUCGGUCUCCGUGGGUCCUGAUAUCGUCCUAUUCCCGGAAUAGGCUACGCUAGCAACCGGAGAGUGUGCAUUCGUUUUGUCGUUGUGGCACCAUCUACCUACCUAUACCAAUCGCUGCUGGCCGAAAGUGUUAUUAUAAGAAGAGAGAAGAAGUUGAGGAGUCAAGAAGUUAGAAGCUUUCAACGGUCGUUCACCUCGUCUUCUUGGUUUGAUCGCUGUCCUUUUUGUUUUUUUAUUGUUUUUCGGCUAUUGUGACGAAAAUGUUGCGAUCUGACACCGCAGUGGUACCCCGUAACCUUGGCUCAGUUCUAAUAAAUGGUAGUAAUAGUUAUUACUUUUAUAAAAGUAGCAAUUUUGUAGAGCGCCAGUCGUAGGUGUUGCAGUGCUGCUGUUUGUUAUUUGAUGUUGUUAUUACUACCACAGUGCCGAAACGUAGUUGUUAUGUAAGUUGGUGAAUGCCCAAGCCGAGGUUUCCUAGUCCGGGUUAGUUGCAGUCUCGUACCAGCCGUUCCUGUCGCCGCCAAACCCGAAAGAAAAAUGGUCCGCAUGACUUCCAAUUAGUACAAGUGAUUUUACGCUACCAACGCUGCAAUGGCCGCUGUCACUAUGCUAACAAAUGAAGAAUCGACAGGACGAUUGAAGGCCGAGCUUUUAAAUUUACGUAGAAAGGGCGCUCUAAAAGCUUCAGCCGACUGGGACAGCACAGGACCGGAUCCGGACAGAAGUUGCGGACGAUGCAGGGCAGAACUGGGUCGUAUCAUCAACAGGGGAGCCUACUGUCCAUCUUGCAGGCUUAAGGUGUGCAAGGGGUGCAGGGAAUAUACGUUCAGGACAACCGAUUGGAUAUGCACCGUGUGUCACAAAAGAAUGGAAAUUCAAACGAUAUCGGGAGAAUGGAUGAACGAGUUCAUUCGAAAGCCCAGCAAGAGGAGAGACAAUCGCGUUUACGUACCUGCUGCGGACAUUAUUAAAAGGACAAUCAGAAGGUCUUGGACCAUAUCAAAUCCACUGCCCAGAUGGAACGCUCCGAGAGGUUCCUCAGAACUCAGACCGUACAGCAGCCUUCCCAGGGGUCAAGACAUCAACAACUACCCCUCUUUAUCAAUGUAUAAUACCAGAAAGCCGUCAGCGAAUGGUACCACCUCGAAAAGCGAAUCCCAAGAGGCAAAAUCCGAAUGCCUGGAAGACGCGAAUAAACAACAAGAAAGCGGCGAGCUCAGCAAAGAAACAGCCCAUGAAAAAACACCCACUACAAGUGGAAAUAAUGGAAACCCAUCUGUACAACCCCAGGAAGACGCCCACAAAAUGGAGAGCGACGGAAAAAAGUGCGUUGUUAGAGAAAAUCCACUGAUGAAAGCUGCCAAAGAAGGGAAACUCAAUCCUGCUGCUGUCGCUUUCGAAAUGCCCAUAAAGAUUAUCAACCCCAUUCCAACAGUCACCCAAAAAGAAGCUCAUUCUAAACAAGAAACAGAUGAUAUCUCUCCUGAUACGCAAAAGAGUGAAGACCAAGACGUCCUUCCGGAUCCUAGAACUCCAGAAAAGUCACCCAAGAAGAGAAAAAAUCUCCCCAGCCCGUUUCAGAAGCGGGUAAGUUUCGAAUGCAAGUCUGGGGACGAGAGCGACGGGUUCGAUGGUACCAUCAAGAAGAAAGAGUCGGACGUAUUCAAAAAGCUGACGUCCAAAUCGUUGGAAAUCGAAAGGCCAAAAUACAGUGGCGUCAAAAUAACAUCCAAGUCACUGGAAGGACCCGUUCCAUCCACCACCACUGUUCCAACUCCUAUCUUGAAGAACGAAGACGUGGACGGAGAGUCCAGGAGAUCAUCUUCGGAACACGAUUCCGAAGUAUCGUCUGGAUCGGUGUACAGAAGGGUCACGGUGAGAAGAAGACGACAAGAUCUGAGGAAGAUGGCAACCGUCGAUAAUGGUUGGCGCCGUAGUACAGAGUCUUCCGAAAUUCUCGACUUCCUUCUACCUGAUGGCGACGAUUACAAAUUGGUCUUCAUCAAUUCCGAUAGCAGUUCGAAAGAGGAAGACGUAGAUGACAACGACAGUUCUUCCACAGCGUCCAGUUUCAUGAUAGACGAAUGCGAUUGGGAUUAUUUUGAACCAGCGUGCCCUCCGCCUCGCACAGUCAUCAAUUGGAACUCGCCUUUCGGUUCUCCCCAUUUCUAUAGACGUAGCGCGUUAUCUUCCCCGCUAGGUUCGCCUUUGGUGUACAGGAGGAAGAAGAAUUCCGACAUUGAAAUCGAUGAGAGACGAUACAGCAGCUCGCCGACUUCUUCCGACAGUUUUUGCAUGAAAACUAGGGACGCUGAAGAAAGUUUGCCGACUCUCCAGAAGAGUGUCGCGGAAGAGAACUCGAUGUUGCAGUGCAUCCAUCAGGAGACCAGCGAAAGACAGGGGAGUUUGUGUCGAAACUGCGGAAAUCCCCCGCAGUACAUACCGAUCCCAGUCCCAGUGCCGAUUCCGGUUCCCGUUUGGCCCCAACAGUCUUCCGAAUCGGUGGAACAGUUCUUGCGCGCGCGGGUCUCUCAGUUUUCUCGUUCGCUCUUUCCAAAUGCGAACCCGUUUCCGUUCGCUUGGCCGCUCGUGAGCGGAUCCGCCGCCGACUGGACUUCCUUGUUUUCUCUUCAGCAGCACAAUGCGAUCGACGCUACCAGUGCUAUGCCGGUCGCGGAAGACGAAUCGGUGCCGCCGCCGAUCGACGACGACGACGAUAAUAAUGGUGAAAGCGCCGGUUCUCAAAAGCAGGAGCAGGUGGACGUCAAAUUGCAACAGCCCGAGGACGAAAGAGAAAUUGCGAUCGACUGUGUCGAGAUAGGGGGUCAUCUGGACGUGGAAAAGUCUAACGUGUUCUCGGAAGCGUCGUCCGACAAUAGUGACAGUGAAGUUGAAUCCGAAGAUGAGAACGGAAAUCAGAAUCGCAUUCCUCUGAGACGGUCUUACAACGUGACGGGUGACACUCGUGAAAGUGACGAUGCGCUUCCGAGCAGUGACGUGUACAGUGAUAACGACGAAGAAGGACGCUUGUCGCAGACAUCCUUCCGCGAAGACGACUCCAGCUCGUCUGGAUCGGCGGACACUGACAGUGACGAUACCGGUACUGUAGCCGACCAAAAACCCAAUCGGUUCUCCAGAGUUUUCGUCGUCAAUCCGAAAAGUUCCUCCAGUUCUUCGUCAUCGUCCGAUAACGAUAACGAUUCCAACAAUGAAAAAGUGAUCCUCAAGAAUAUCAAACGUUUAUCCGAACACGAAAUCGACCUGAACGAUCAACACCCUGAAGGUGGAAAGAAGCAACUGGGCUGGUUGUCCUCCAGCCCGGCGCUGAGCGACGUGAGCGCGGAAUCGCUCAACUCCAGCAGCGAUACCGACGACGAGGCAUCUGCAAGCGAGAAAAACGAAGAGGAAAAAGAAAAGUCCAUUGCUGGUGCACACAUUGAUAACGCCGGUGCAAGUGUUCCGCUCUUUCCACUCGAAAGCGUCGAGCUUGACGACGUUGUUGUUAGUGUGGAGGGGAGCCCACCUGCCGGAGGUGAGCGGGCAGGUGAGCUGGCGGCAGUUGUUAGCGAACACGAUGAUGGUGCGCUGCUACGCCAACCGGCGCGUUAUACGAGUCUUGUCAUGAUAACUCAACAAGAGUCUUCGACGUAUCCCCAAGUCAGCGUUGUCUCCAACGACACUACCAGCCUAUUGCCCGACGUGAUAGUGCACCACAAGAAUUGCGAAGAUUUCACCUCAUCGCCGUUCUCAUCGACGACGACAUCAUCCUCCGUGGAAGAUAAACAAAGAAGCCAAGGUCCUUGCGAAGAAAGCGUGACUGUGGUUUCUAGCGCUACCACGCUGUCAAACGUAGUGUGUUUAGAAGAAGGCCUCGCCGAUGAUGACUCGUGGGUCGAAAAUCUGAGCCACGACGAAGAUGACGGCAGGCUUCUACCUACAACCUCCGAGGAUGGAUCGACGUCCGGUGACGAAAUCACUCUCACGUGCACUGCCGCAAUCGACCAGGAAGACGAACUCCGCGGUUACCAUCGAUCGGCGAUCGAUUUCACCCUUCACACCAUCGUUGAAGAGAGCUGCGAGGAGAGUGAAGUUGAACAGGGUGGCAAACAGAAGAAAGCGAGACCACAUUCGACCACUGAUCUUGAAAAGUACUUCUUCUUUGGCCUCGGAGACGGCAACAUCCCCAACGCUAAUCAAGUACGCGAAGACACCGUUUCCGAAACGUCCAGCAUCUGUAGCGAAGGACUCGAUUCCUUUGGUGGCAACGAGGAAUGCAGAUCGCUGGACAACGAUCCCAACGAGCUAGCAACGUCCAGACUAGAAAAAUAUUUUCUGAGCGGUUUCAUGGGCUUCACGACACGCAGGGACUCAGACGGCAGUGUAGGAAGUGACAGUGAGGGACACCCAAGUCCAGAACAACGCAGAAAGCGCCUCGUACGGGCACGUGGCACCGGAAGAUCGCAUUCCUCCUCGCUGGACAAUUUACUAGCCCACGAGUUCUCUACCUCUGAACAACAGAAUGACGUCACUGGUAACUCCGGUUGUUCCUCCAGUUCCGACACUGACGUCGUCGAAGAAAGUAAUUUCGAGAAGUUGGACGGACAGUUCGACACGGUAAAACGGAAGAAAUGCAAGAAACAACGAAGCAUGGCAAACGGAUCCAGUUCUUCGAUGGAAGAACUAAAGAAUAUCGAAGAGACGAAGGAAUGUUUACGAGAAUUCGAAAGCGAUGACCAUAUCAAAAAGGACUUCGAUAUGUUGACGUUGAACAACGACAAUGCAACUACGAAACAGAGCAGAGACAGCGGCUUCGUAAGCAGCAGCGAUGACCUCCUCAAAGACCAAAAAGACUCGAUAGAAAACUCCCACAGCAACUCUAAGACUGAACUUAAACUAGAACUAGAGAGCAUAGCCGAAGAGAAGAAAGUAGACGAGAAAUAUAGCGUAUACACCACACCGCCAGCCACUUCGCUAAUCCGAAAGGACAGUUUCAAUAAUUGGAGCUCGGACGAAGAAACCAAUCUUAUGAUGUCCAAAAUGCGCCAGUUUUUCAAAACGAUGGUGGCAAGCUACAAUACACAAAGUUCGCAGUCUUCCAAACCCACGACACCAGUAUUGGGCGUUCAAGCUUCAGAAGCUUCCACGACCUCCACUCCUCGUUCCAAGUACCGCCUGAAGCCGCCCCAACUGGUGUACUUCGAAAACGAACUCACAAGACUGAUGAAGACGGUGCCGGGAAUCCGAGACGACCAAGUUCGAGAAAUUGUCGAAUACCUCAGCAGCGAAGAUACCUGGAGCGAUUCGUACGACUCAUCUGACUACACCAGCUCGGAUCUGGAAGGAAAUGCGGGUACGAAGGCCGCCCUUCAACGACAAAUUUCUGACAGUUGCCAACAAAUAAUUAAUAAAUUCGACACUAACGACAAGGAAGGGGACGAAGGCGACGGCGGAUUAAUCGAAGAGCAGGCCAGUGUGAAUCCCGAGACUGCUCUCGUUUAUCAAAAGCUUGUAGCUUCCAUUGAAAAAUUGACCACAUAUGACGACGCCGAUCUGAAGGCCCGUACUCCUCACAGUUCGCCUCCCAUCAUAGCAAAAGUGAUGCACCAUAUCGGGAGCCGUUUGGUCGCGUUAAUGCAUGAGGUAUCAAGCGGAGAAAGCCACGUCAGUAGCAGCAGUCCCAAAUCACGUUAUUACCACAGAAAACUGCAUCCAAAGCUUUCGAACGCUUCCUCUACAACCACAGAAGAUGAGGAUAGCUUGGCAGACUUCUCGCCGUCCACAUGGGCCGAAAAGAGCAACCCCGAGGAGCAGAGGAUCCUCCACGACGUCCUUCAACGUAGCAAGUCCCAUGAUGUACUCCUUGCCGAAAGCACAAAUCUCCACCAAUCCAGCAGUGGGGUGUCAGAUAUCGCAGAAGAGCGUGAGACCAGCGACUAUGAACGAUUCAGCUGGAGGGGUAGUUUUGAAUCCGCCCUAAUGGCAACCGAUUCCAGGAACAAACUCUCUCUCAUCGGAUCGGAAGGAUCUGCGUCAGCUUCCGCCUUGGCCAUCGCGGCCAAACGCAGGUCCGCGGGUGAUCUCAUCUUUAGUCACAAAAGCUUAAGUAGGGAACAGUUGGACAGGGUGCGAAGUUGCGGCAGUAUCGGGGGUGGUAACAGUGAGGACAAGCUGUGGGUGAGUGCGGAGAAUAGACCGACAAAGCGUCGAUUGAGUGUUCCCGAUGCUACAGCGGGAUCUGGCGUUUCGGCAGAUGGAGAAGACGACGAAGACGAAAAACUGGGAACGAGAUCGACGCUCCCGAGAAGCUUGCAGGUGAAUACCGCAACAACGAAUUCUCUGCCCCGAUUGCCCACAGCCACCCCGUCUCCUAAUAUGCACAAGAGUCAGAGUAUGUGCCACUUCUUCCAACCGAAUGCCAAGAGUGCCCGGUAUCGUCCUCCAGGAUUCGGGAAGUUUGCGUCUCCUAAACGGGCCUUCUCUGCCCCAGGACUGCAACCCUGCCAUCGGAGAAGGACCAGGAAAUCUCAACCGAAUCUAUUAACCGAUGAUGCUAACAUUUCGGAAGCGAGUUCGUCGCCUACUUUGGUCGGAAGGGGGUUAAGCAAGAGUGCAACCCCAAGUCCCGUGGCCCCAGGUGGAAGAAGGGUGACUCGAUCGAAUUCAGAAUGGCGUGAUGAUGACAUCGACAGGAUGUUUGGUAUCCACCAGACUCGGUCAUGUUUGUCUACGUUAGGGAUUCGUUCCGAUUCAAUGGCAAGCGUGUAUUCGGGGGCGGGUGAAGGGAGAUAUGGUACGGUGGCUGUAAGGGGUCAAGUUGAGUUUGGCCUCCAGUACAAUUACAAAGCGGGCUGUCUCGAAAUUCAUAUCAAACAGUGCAAAGAUCUUGCGGCCGUUGACAUGAAACGAAAUCGAUCGGAUCCAUACGUAAAGGUCUAUCUUCUGCCAGACAAGUCGAAGAGUGGUAAACGAAAAACAAAGGUGAAGAAGCACACCCUCAACCCCAUCUUCGACGAGGUACUCAAAUUCCACAUGUCUCUAAACAGUAUAGAAACCAGAACCUUGUGGCUAACCGUUUGGCAUUCAGAUAUGUUUGGUAGGAAUGAUUUCCUGGGGGAGGUCAUGAUCGCUUUGGAGAAUAAAGUGUUUGACGACCCCACACCCAAAUGGUACAACCUCCAGGAAAGGACCGAGCCUUUCGAUGAAAUUUUGUCGUUCAAGGGUGACAUUUUAGUUGGUCUAAAAUUCGUACCACCCGACAUGACAAUACGGAAAAAAGGCAAACAUUCUCGCGGUUCGCUUCACGUUCUGGUCAAGGAGGCCAAAAGUUUGACCGCCAUCAAAGCCAGUGGAACCUCGGAUCCAUUUUGUAAAAGUUACCUUUUACCAGAUAAAGGUAGAAGCUCAAAACAAAAAACUCCUGUGAUAAGAAAAACUGUUAAUCCUGUCUGGAAUCAUACUUUCGUAUACGAAGACGUAACACUGCAAGAGCUCGCAGAAAGAUGUCUGGAACUCACCAUUUGGGAUCACGAUCGAUUGGGAAGUAACGAAUUUUUGGGAGGAGUUAGGUUCUCCUUGGGCACAGGUAAACAUUAUCUGAAACCUGUUGAUUGGAUGGAUUCUACAGGGAAAGAGAUCUCGUUAUGGAAGAGCAUGCUGGAACGCCCAAACUUUUGGGUAGAGGGAUGUCUCCCCCUGAGACCCACGUUGGAUUAUCGAGCCACCUAACAAUCCCCUUUAUUAAUGAUUAUUUAUUAAUUAAUAACCGAAAACAUACUCUUCAACUAUUUUUGUACAAAAAGAAAAUUUUUAGUAGACGUUACAUACGUAAGUAUGUAGUACGUAAAUACCUUUGACUUGAAAGUGAGAUUUUUUAAAUGACCUUAUAUUGCAAUUAUUAAUCUCUUCCCAAAAGCGGGUUUUACUUCGGCUUUUUCAUGAAUUGUGUUGUUUGAUGCACCGCCAGUUUAUUUUUUACACAUAACACGAAAUUAAAUGUUUAAAUAUUUCGAAAAGUUGAAUAAGAUUUCUUGAACAAAUCUCGAUGUUGAUUGAUGGUGUUUUACGUAAUUUUUACGAAACUUUCGUUCUUGUACACGUUUUCCUAAUAUAAUUUUGUCCCUAUCGGCUUAAACGGUUACGUUAAUUAUGAUAGCAAAUUAAUUGCGACACUGGGAAUUUCCUUCUUUUCCUCGGGAGUAUUAUUCGAUUCCUUUUGGUUCCCUAUUUAUUAAUAACUAAGCAAUAAUUAUAUUGGUUGUUUGUGUAAAUGUUUUUUUUUGCAUGUAUAGUUUAAUUAAUUAUGUAUUAUUGUGACACUUUACAAUGUUACUUGUGUUUAGAUUUUUUCUAAGUAUAAAUCCCUUUUUUACAUUCGGUAUUAUGAUGUGUGUUUGUAUAAUACGUUACGCCUUCCGAAUAUAAUAAAUAAACAAUGA